AUGGGUAUGACUGAUAUAAAUUGAACCUUACUGUAUAGUCAUCUCUAUGAUAAAAGCAAAUGUUAACAAUUUUAAUUUUAAUUUUCAAAUCACUCUAAAACUUUCAUAGAGAAAACUAAAUCAUGGAUAAUGACACUGCGUGCAAAGCAGGGAAUGAAUUACAGGGUUAACGGUCUAAAGGUCAUGUGAAAAAGUGUUUCAAAACAGAAAAGCAGUGACGGUGCUAUGGCAAUUAAUGUUUUCCUGUAUCACUUUCUCGACGAACCCCCAUUCUAGGAUAGACAUUAGUUUUUGUGUAUAUGUCACUACUUAUAGAUCUGAAGGGGGAUUAGAUCUUUUUUGGUAGAAGAGCUGGAAUGCUAUAGUAAUAGUGGGAGGGUCACAUCUUAUAGUGUGUUUCCGUAGUAUUUUUCCAAAGGUUUUUCAUUUUCGGAUGAAGCUCAGUCUUGACAAUAUAUAAUCAAACUAACCAAGAAGCGAUUACCCAUCGGAGAGAAGAUGACAACAGACUGCUUCUUCUUGCCACGUUGGAAGGGUACAUCAUCCACUGUGAUUCACUAGGGCGACUUGCUGAAGUUGUGCAAACAGCCAUACAAAGGAAGGAUGACAUACCUUUACUGAUGACAUUGAGGAAAUAUUUGAAAAUGCAGAGAGAGACAAACUCUACAAUAAAUAAUAUACAAACUGUCAUUGCUGAAAUUCAGAGCAAUAAAUCCAGAAAAUCUUUGGAUGCCGAUUCGGUACAUUAUAAAAGAAUUAGGAAUCAGACGAAGGCAAAUUCAAAAGAAAAACCUGUAGAAUUAAAUAAAAAGAGGGACCAUUCUGAUUCAAUGGUAAAAGCGGUGUGUUCAAAGAAGCAAAAAAGCUCACAAGAGUUUUAUGUUUGGUGAGGGAAGUGUAGCACGAGAUCCUAGUUGCACUAAAAAUAUACAUUAAUAUAGUAAUAGAAACUGAUGAUGACGAGACGGACUUUGACGAGGACAUUAUACCAGAUUCGCAAAUGGAAAAUAAAAUAUUGAAGGAAUUAGUGCAGGAGAAUAGACGUAAACAAAAGGAUGACAGAGACAAAGUUAGACACGAGAAAAUACAAGAAAAAUUAAAAAUUAAAAUGGCAAAAGAAAGGAAAUCAGAUUAAAGAAAAACUCAGAAAAUAGAGAGGCAAAUUUAAAAAAGGAGCGCAAAUUGGAAAAUUAGAAUAUAAACAGAGAGUUUGCAAAGCAAAAUAGAUUGACAAUAGCUCAGAGAAAACAGGAUGAAUACAGGGCAAAGAUGUUCGCAAAGGGAAAUCUCGACGAUGUCCAGAAGCAACAAAGAAAAGCUCUUCAGGAAGUACAAAAGGAGCAGAAAAUGCGUAAACAAAUAAACGAAUCUACAUCUGCAUUAAAAAGAAAAGAAGUUCAAAAUUGUGUGAAAAACACAUUAUUGACUCAAGAAGGGUCAAAUAGGAAGCAGAGCCGAAUUGAUGUAACAGCAGCUGCAGACAUUAGUGCGAUUGCAGGCCCAUCCAGAGUCAUGGAGGUUAGCUUAUCUCCCACAGCACAAGACUCUCAUGGCCACUCGAUGGCUGAUGAAGCUGUCGAAAGUCUCUCGGAAGAUUUACAUGAUGCUCAACCACAAGAGUCUCCCGCGAUCAGAUCCGUAUCGAAUGGGGCUUCGAUAUAUUCUGUGAUGUACGCUGGUUCUGGAAAUAAAAUAACAAUAAAAAGAAAAGCUGCAGCUACUGAAGAAUCAGGUAUAUUGCAACAUGAAGCAGAAUCGUCGCAGCAAGCAUCUAUUGCAGGAUCGGUCAAAUGCAUCUCUGCUUCCCAGGCAUCAUACGGAACGUCUUCACAGAGGAAGUCGUCAAAGAGCAGCAAAUCUUCAGGUAGUUUUAAAAAACCUAGGUCCAGUACAACAAGAAGUAAAAGAAAAGGAUGUAGAUGUGGCAAUGCAACAGCCGUACCUGGAAAAUUGACCUGUUGUGGUCAAAGGUGUCCUUGUUAUGUGGAAAGUAAACCCUGUCUGGAGUGCAGGUGUAGAGGUUGUAGAAAUCCACACACUGCUGAUGGACUGAAGAUUCGCCCACACAUACCAGAACUUCAUAACCUGCAACUGCAGAUAUCGACACCACUAAGUUGUGAUAAUUUGAGUUCUGACCCCUUGGAAACGGUCGAACAAUGUCUUUCUCCGUCUUCAACAACUAUUCAAGUUUUAAACGUUUAUUCCACUCCUAGACUAGAUAUUGAUAACGUUCCGCAAAGUUUACCUGCCGCACUAUUGGUUGGUGAAGAUGCUAUGCCUAGCACAGGAAGCGAAGCUGAAGACAGCGACAUACAAUUAGACGUGUGACAAAAUAUAUGAGGACAUAAGGCAUGGGUUUUUAAUGAACUUUUACGUAAUUAAUUCUUCACUUCUUCGUGUGGAUAACUAAACUUAUGUCGACAGAAAACACCCGAAAGAUUCGCCUUUACUCGCUCGUGAAUGGCUAGGGAUGUUCACGGCUAGUUCUCUGACUUGCUUGUCUACCCCGUCUUCGAGCUCUUCUCUGUGCCUUCUCCUCGUAUGGUCGUUCGCUCUCUACCGAAGGCUGUAAGAGAGAAUAUUUAAGAGUAAAAUAUUUUUGUACUUUCUGUAGACAGCCCUGCUAAAGGCCUUUCAGGGAAACAUCAUCUAUCUCAGUGCGAUACUGUCACACUGAAUUUUUAUUUUCAACACCUGUGAAAUUGUAACAUUAAGAUUCUAGGACUGUUUACUCGGAAUUGGCUAAUUUUUUUAUAUCAAAUCUUUUUUUCCUUAUUCCGAAACUUAAUAUCCCAAUUCAGUAACACUUCAUCUCGGGCGAAGACUUUUUUCUUAUCUUUAAUUGUCAUUCAGAUUUUACAAAAUGUUUUUCGCUCUCUAUGAAAAUUCCAUUUUUUUGGUUAUCUAAUUCUAUACUGCCACUCUUAAAAUAGUUUUUAUACAGUUUUAGUUGAAAUUUUUAUACAUUUUUUCUUUUCAAAGUUCUAUAUAUUCAUUGAAUUUUUUUAAUUUCAGUUUUUUGAAAAAUCAUAAUCAAUCUUUCAAAAUCUAUAACCAAUUGCAGUUUUUUACAAAUAAAAUGUUAGCCUUUUUUUAAUUUUUAAUUUCGUCAAGAUUAUCAAACAUAAUUCUUUGUUUAGAGCAGGCAAAAAAUGUCUGCGAACACACACCAACACCUGGAUCUUCAUGAAAAUAAUUUCGCGACUCCAUGGAGAAACCUAGCAGACAAAAUUCAAGAUAUAAAUUUAAAAUAAAAUAUAAUAUGUAAUGC